AUGAGUAGUAAAUAUUACUCUUCCACAAGGGAAAAUGGGGGUUCAGCCGGCGACUUAUACGGAAGCAAUAGUAGCCACAACCAGAGUUCAUCUUCCAGCUAUGAGAGCUCGUCUUCUAGCUACGGGAGCUCGUCCUCUAGCUAUGGAAGCUCGUCUGACAACAGUGGCAGUAGCAGCAGUGAUGGAUCUUCUAGCGGAGGUGAUGGAGGAGGCGACUAG